UCUCCGCCUGAGCUGCCUUGGCUCUCGCUCUGGUCCCCGGCACCACCUCCCCUGCUCCACCUCUCCAGCAGCCCUCCUCCUCGUACAGCGCACAGAUCCUUCUUCGCCAGGCGCGGCGGGGCCAUGGGCCGGCGCAGGUUCCGUCUCGCCGACAUGAUGCCCAACUCCUGGUUCUACAAGCUCCGCGACAUGCGCCGCGCGCGGGGCCACCCUCCUGGCGCUGGCGGCGCCGCGAGCGCAAUGCUGCCGUCGUUGUCGUCGCCGCCGCCGCGGGCGGCAAAGCCCGCGGCAAGGGCCUCGUCUCCGAGGCGCGGGUCCGUGGCGCUCCCGCACAGGACGUCGUACUACUACCCCACCCAGGACCGGGAGCUCCCGGCUCCGCCGCCGAGGGCCGCGGACGCCACGGAGGAGGAUCGUGACGAGAUCCUCCCCCAGCCGGAAUCUCCUCCGGCGUAUUGCUCCUCCAGGAGGCGGCACAGGGUGGGACCCGUCAGGGUUGGGCGCGGCUUGGAGGCUGUGGCCGAGGCGCGCGACGCUCCUCAGCGCCGGCGAGACAUGUACGUGGGGCGCGAUGGCGGCAGCGAGGACGAGGAGGACGUCCGCAAGCCGGCGGUGACCGCGCCAUCCGAGGACAGCCUGGGCUGGGGCGGCAAGGUGAUCGCUUCGGACACGGACAUCGUCAUCGACCUCCGGGCCGAGUGCACCGCCGAGCGGGUGCUCCGGCCGAUCGUGACGAGGCCGGUGGCGAGGAGGGAGGUGGUCCGGUACGAGCUGAAGGACAGGCACGUCGAUGGCACCGAGACGACGCCGAGAGCCAGCUCUGCCUCGGAGCAGGGCAGCAGGGGGCACCCGAGGCGGCCGUCCGUUUCCGCGGGGCGCCGCCUCAGGACGCGCGUGAACAGCCCGCGGCUGGCGUCCGCCAGGUCCAGGAAGAGCAAGCCGACGACCCCAGCGGCGUCGCCGAGGAAGACGACGACGCCAGCACCGCCGCCGCUCGCGGAGAGCUUCGCGGUGGUGAAGGCGUCGGCCGACCCGAGGCGGGACUUCCGCGAGUCGAUGGAGGAGAUGAUCGCGGAGAAGGGCAUCCGCGACGCGGCCGACCUGGAGGACCUCCUGGCCUGCUACCUCGCCCUCAACGCCGCCGAGCACCACGACCUCAUCGUCGAGGUGUUCGAGCAGAUUUGGGCGAGCCUCGCCAGCGCCGCCAAUCCAUGAACGAAAAGACGAGGGCCAUGGAGGUCAUCACUCGUCGUGCUGCCCCCGGCUGCAUGUCCGAUCACAGUAUGCAUCCAUUUCCAGAAGCGGAUUAACUAGCGUAGUUCUUGACUUGUUGUUAAUUAGUGGUUGCAAUAAGAAAUCUCCACAAGAAAAACUCGAGAAAGGGAAAGAAGAAAAUCUUGGGUCGAUCCGCGAAAGGUUUGGUUCUUUUCUUGCUCGGUGAUCGUGAUCCUUCUCGCUGGCGUGCUGCUCGGUCGCGUG